AUGGACACCCUCGCCAACAUCCCUGUAUCAGUCCCCAUCCAUCACGUUUCAUCUUUCGAUUUUGAUGAUGCCUUCAAUGACUCCGACGACACCGACGUUCCGUACAUUUUCUCUCCUGAUGCCAUCCGAGAGGAGUUUGCAAGGAGUAUGCCCGUAGAAGACGACUCUUGGGAGGAAAUCGAAAAUGCUGCAUCAACUGGUGGCUUUUUUGACGACUCCAAUACUUCUGUCUCUACCCUAGACAUUAAUUCCGAUCCUCAGAUAGCACCGGAGUCCCCAAUGGUGGGAUCUGCUUUAUCAGCCUACUUUUCCCAGAUAUCCCUUUCGACGCCAGCUCAGGAGUAUGAAUCUCCAGGAGAGCACCCGACAGCCUAUGUCAACCAUCACCCGCAUCCCAACGUCGUCGUCAACGCCUCUGAGCCGCCACCACGCCGAGUUCACUCGACAUCAGGCUUGUCUCAGCCCAUUGAAGGCCCUCCGUCUAACACCACGUCAGAUAUUUCCGCUCCACCGAUUCUAGUGACGCAAACCGCCAAAAGUCUACCUUUGGUAGCGGAGCCUGCAUCGCACUCCCUGUCCACUCCUCAGUCUGUUAUCGUUUCUACCUUGUCUUCAGAUCCUCCUGGGCCAAGUGUACCUUUGACUGAGAAACCACAAGGUCAUCGGCGUAACCGUUCUGCGGGCCCUACCGCUCUGGAAAAGGUGAGGAGCAAAACACGCCCAUCCUUCCUCCCUCCAAAGCCUCGUCAAGAGGACGACAAGCAUAUGGCUGAUUGGCAACAUAUGAUGAAGCUGAGCCGUACAGCGGCGGAGAAGCGCAGGAAGGCCUUGCAAGAGCGUCGCCUGUUGCGAGAAAAAGCUAUAGAGGAAUCCCUUCACAUUUGGGAAACUGAGGUGAUCCCUGAUUGGCGAGUUGUUUUCAAAAAACCCUCUCUUAGAAAACUGUGGUGGCGCGGAAUACCCACAAAACUUCGCGCCUCAAUGUGGGAGAAGGCUGUAGGCAACCCAUUGGCACUGAACAAAGAUCACUACCGUACCUGUUUAUCUCGUGCUAAACGUGCCCUUGCCUCUGGUGUUUUUCCGCAAACAACCCUAGACUUGAUUGAACGCGAUAUCUCUACUACCCUUCCCGCAUUGCACAUAUUUCAUCCAGAAUCAGGCCCACUCUACGGAGACUUGAAGGAUAUGCUAUCAGCCUGGGUAGUGUCUCGAAGCGAUGAAGGGUUGGGAUAUACGUUUGGGGCCGCCAAGAUCGCUGCAAUGAUGUUGAUCAAUCUGCCAAAUCAGCAAGCCUUCAUCGUUAUGCGAAAUUUGCUUGAAAGACAUUGUAUGCGGAGUUUCUUUGGAGGAGACAGAGCCAAAGAAGAUGUCGAAGCAUACUACAGGAUUUUCGACACACUUCUAGCUGAUGGCAUGCCGAAAAUUUACUUCAACUUCAAACAGCACCAAAUCUCGCCUGCCUCCUACCUUCCGGACUGGUUAAUCCCCCUCUUCCUCGAUCACCUGCCGUUUGAAGCCUGUGCCAGGGUUUGGGAUGUCCUGCUUCUUGAAGGGGACUCGUUUCUAUACCGAGCAUCUCUCGGGAUACUUGGUGUCCUCGAACCACGCUUAUUCUUUCCAGAGAAAAAGGAGUUGCUUGAGCUUCUUAAAGGAGAAAAUAAAGCUGCUCUAGAUGUGGCAAAACGCGAAGGUCGGCCACUAGAUGGUGGGAGGUAUGAAAUAUAUGGUGUUGAUGAGGAGACGCUGUGGGAGCGCAUCGACCAUAUGAAUGAUUGGUGGAAGGAGAGCACCUGGACUCGCUUGAUACAACGAGAGUUACCCGACCUUUAA